AUGUCAGAAACACUCUCCAAUUUCAAAGAAGCCACACUCUCAAUCAUGUCCACGCGCCACUCCUGGACUGAAUUCCUCUCCUUGUCCUCCCUCUCCCUCCCAUCCUCCCUCUCAGAAACAACCACGCGCAUCGGCAUCAAUCUCACGCGCUUCCUCUUCAAUUACUCCUCCAUUCUCCUCUUCAUCCUCCUCCUCACUCUCGUCUACCAUCCCCUCGCCAUCCUCCUCCUCCUAAUCGCCUUCUCCGGAUGGUACUUCCUCUUCUUCUCCCGUGACUCCUCCGAACCGUUCCUGCUAUUUAACCUAAUAUCGCUCGAUGAGCGCGUCGUCGUCGCGGCUCUGUCGUUUUUUAGUUUUGUUGCUAUUGUUGUUACCGGCGUGUGGUGGAACGUUGUGGUGGCGGUUGUUGUGACGGCGGCGGUGGUUUGCUUGCACGGUGCGUUGAGGAGGACGGAUGAAGGUGGUUUGGAUGAUUAUGAAUCGCCGUACGGUCCGAUGCUCAGUGACGGUGCUGGUCCUUAUUCAGCUGUUUGA